CUCAUCCUUCAAGCUCCUCACUGAUCUGUCCUGGUGAAGGGUGUGGAAAUCUAAAGGAGGCAACCCACUUUCUCAAAGGUUGUGACAGCGGUGUCCAUCAGGCAGAGAUGCCGGCUGAGGGAUUCGUGAUUGUAGCUGUGAUUUGCGCUCUGAUGGCGCAAAACUGCCGUGGCGAACUUAUGGCUCACGUGCAGGACUUGAAUCCCGUGCCCGAAUCCUCUCUGCUUAAACCCAAAGUCAUGAUCGCGAUUUUGGCUCGAAACUCGGCGCACAGCCUGCCGUACUACUUAGGCUGCAUCGACCGCCUGGACUACCCGAAGGACCGGAUGGCGAUAUGGGCUGCAACGGACCAUAAUGUGGACAACACCACAGCCAUGCUGAGAGAAUGGCUGAAGAACAGGCAGAGCAGAUAUCAUUACGUGGAAUGGAGACCCAUGGAUGAGCCACGGUCAUACACGGAUGAGUGGGGUCCGAAACACUGGGCUCCGUCUCGUUUCAAUCAUCUAAUGAAGCUCAGGCAGGCGGCACUGAAGGCUGCACGAGAACGCUGGGCUGAUUAUAUAUUGUUUGUUGACAGUGAUAACCUCCUGACCAACCCACGGGUGCUGGAUCUCAUGAUGGCAGAGAAUUUCACACUGGUGGCACCUAUGCUGGAUUCCCGAUCCCUCUACUCAAACUUCUGGUGUGGCAUCACACCUCAGGGUUAUUACAAGCGCACCCCAGACUACCAGCCUAUCCGUGAGUGGAAGCGUUUGGGCUGUUUCUCUGUUCCCAUGGUGCACUCCACCUUCCUGUUGGAUCUGAGACGUAGCGCCACGCUAGAAAUGACCUUCUACCCACCUCACCCCGACUACAGCUGGGCGUUUGACGACAUCAUGGUCUUUGCAUUCUCUGCACGACAAGCUGGUGUACAGAUGUACGUGUGUAACAGAGAGCAUUAUGGUUUUCUGCCUGUACCUCUGAAGGCCCAGCAGAGUGUAGAAGAUGAGAAGGAGAGUUUCACACACACCAUCACUGAGGCCAUGAUCGAUCAUAACGUAAAACCCUCCGAGUUCCUCUUCACUCCACCCAAACCCCAGGACAAGAUGGGCUUUGACGAGAUCUUUCUGAUUAAUCUGAAGCGGAGGUUGGACCGGAGGGAAAGGAUGUUGAACACUAUGGCGGUGCUGGGUAUUGAGGCUACGCUGGUUGUUGCUGUAGAUGGGAAGUCACUGAAUACAUCUCAGCUUCAGGCUCUAGGUAUAGAGAUGAUGCCAGGAUAUAAAGAUCCGUAUUCUGGUAGGGUUCUGACUCGCGGAGAGAUUGGCUGCUUCCUCAGCCACCACUUCACCUGGAAACAGGUGGUGGAGAGGGGUCUGCAACAUGUGCUGGUGUUGGAGGAUGACGUGAGGUUCGAGCCUCGGUUUAAGAAGAGGUUACAGACCAUCAUGGAGGAUGUUGAAAAAGCUCAGCUGAACUGGGACCUCAUAUAUGUGGGCCGUAAGCGGAUGCAAGUAGCUAAGCCAGAGGUGUCUGUAGAGGGUGUGAAUAACCUGGUGGAGGCCGAUUACUCAUAUUGGACUCUAGGUUAUGCUCUUUCACAGCAGGGGGCCAAGAAACUCCUCGCCGCUCAGCCUCUUGGCAAGAUGCUACCUGUAGAUGAGUUCCUGCCAGUCAUGUUCAACAAACACCCCAAUGCGGCAUACAUGUCUCACUUUGAUCCCAGGGAUCUGCGUGCUUUCUCUGUUGAGCCGCUGCUUUUGUACCCAACACACUAUACGGGUGAGCCGGGUUACUUCAGCGACACAGAGACGUCCACUAUUUGGGAUGACGAGGCUGUCAGCACAGACUGGGACAGACAGUAUGCUCAAAAAACUGCCCAGCAGGCACAAAUUCACUCCGUCGCCCAGAACAGCGUCACCGGGGACACACCACCGCCUGCGUCCCGUGCCUCGCGAGACGAACUCUGAGUUCUUUAUUUGUUCUUGAACUACACAACUGAAUGACAAAACACACUGACUCAUAGACAGCUCACUCCUCAAUGUCCAGCAGUCCCCUCCUCCUUGGCGACACAUCAGCCAAUAGCAUUACAGCUGGCUGGGAUGCUCGAACACCAUUGGCUGGCUGGUUGAUUUUGCACAAAGACACACAAGCUCUUUUUAUUUCCACUUUAUUUAUUUCAUCAAGCCUUCCAGAGACAUCAGGGGACCAAACGGUCCCCGAUGGACACUUCAAAGUGUUUGAAGAAGGAUGAGGACAUUGCGGAAGGACUGGACGGAGAAACAGACAUAUGGGAGUUAGAUUUGGUUUUGCUAGUCAAUGAACAAGACAGAUGAAUCUUUAUUUUAAAGUUUUCUUUUUAUAUUGUAAUAUAAAAACAGAUACAGUUUUGAAUAAAAUAAACCUACAGCCUGUCCACAUUUUUACUGUAUAUUAUCGGGAAGGAAAUGAUAUUUUAAUAGCAUCACAAAAUCACUUUUAAAUGUCAUUCAUGUGUCAAGUAUAUUUUAGAGCCAAAAAUUAAGAGCACUGGUUACAUACUUUUGUGGGGAAGUUGUUCAAAUCUGCCAUUUUCACAUGUUGGACUUGAUUUAAAACCCUGUCUAGAACAUGUUAAAUUGCCAUAGAAGGAGAACAUGACUUCUCAUUAAGAAUGGGAGUUUUUAAUAAUUCAGAACAGCUGUACAAAAUCUAGUUCAAAGUGGUGCUUUUGUGUUAUUGUUGACACCCUAUUGUCACUAAUUCCUUUCAGAAUGUUUCUGGAAGCUCAAGGAGAUACAUAUUCCAUGCAUCUUAAAAGAGUUGUAUGAUUCUAUUGGGCAUUAUGUCAUAUAUCCUAUUUCGAAAUAGCUCUCAUUUUUCCAUACACACUUGUAUUUUCUUUAAAAAGUUGUAUGAUUCUACUGGGCAUUAUGUCAUGUAUCCUAAUUCGAAAUAGCUCUCAUUUUUCCAAACACACUUGUAUUUUUCCACUCAGCAGGCUGGCUCCUGUUCUCUGACUGUUUCAUUACCUUCUUUGAUUAACUGAAGAUAUCAUGGUGCUGGUGGUGGGCUGAUUCAAUAAAACUGACCGACUGAUAAUAUAA